UGCGCUUGUGAUGCUUCGGUUCUCAUUCUCGGCGGCGAGAGCGGCGCCCGCCAUGGCCGGCGCCGGCGCCGUCGUCUCCUCAUCCCUCUUCUCCUCCACACUCACCCGCCCCGUUUACCGCCUCUCAUCCUCCCUCACCGCCGUUCCCGCCUCAGACACUGCCGACGCCGUCCAACCCCUCCGUCGUUCCCUUCUCCUCGACCGUCUUCGAUCCCGCCACCUGAAGGACGCCGGGAAGUCUUCUCCGCUAAUAGUCCCGCCUUCUAGGCCUACUCCGGCGGGUGAGAAGAAGGAGAGGAGGAGUGCCAUGGCGGGGAGCUUUGAAGAGUUGGGGCUCGAGGAGGAGGUUAUGGGAGCGGUGAGGGAGAUUGGGAUCUCAGUGCCGACUGAGAUUCAGUGUAUUGGGGUUCCCUCUGUGCUCGAAGGGAAAAGCGUUGUUCUUGGUUCGCACACGGGUUCGGGGAAGACACUCGCUUAUUUGCUCCCUCUCAUUCAGUUACUAAGACGUGAUGAACAACUGUAUGGCAUGCUGAUGAAACCCAAGCGGCCUAGGGCUAUAGUGCUUUGCCCAACCCGGGAGCUAUGUGAGCAGGUCUUUCGGGUUGCUAAGUCCAUAAGCCAUCACGCACGAUUUCGGUCCACUAUGAUAAGCGGGGGUGGCCGGUUGAGACCACAAGAAGAUUCCUUGAGCAUGCCGGUUGAUAUGGUUGUUGGAACACCUGGGAGGGUUCUGCAGCAUAUUGAAGAGGGGAACAUGGUUUAUGGGGACAUCAAAUAUUUGGUUUUGGAUGAGGCAGAUACUAUGUUUGAUCGAGGUUUUGGGCCUGAUAUUCGUAAAUUUCUUGCUCCACUAAAAAAACGUGCAACAAAACCAGAUGACCAUGGAUUUCAAACUGUAUUGGUUACUGCAACCAUGACAAAGGCAGUGCAAAAAUUGGUAGAUGAUGAGUUCGAAGGAAUAAUCCAUCUGCGCACUUCCUCUUUGCACAAGAAAGUUGCAUCUGCUCGUCAUGAUUUUAUCAAACUUUCUGGUUCUGAAAACAAGCUGGAGUCUCUUCUACAGGUUCUUGAACCAAGUUUAUCCAAGGGAAACAGGGUUAUGAUCUUCUGCAACACAUUGAACUCGAGUCGAGCUGUUGAUCAUUUCCUUGUUGAAAACCAGAUAUUCACAGUCAAUUAUCAUGGGGAGGUGCCUGCUGAAGAAAGGGUUGAGAAUCUGAAGAAGUUUAAGAGUGAAGAAGGAGAUUGCCCAACAUUAGUAUGCACAGACUUGGCUGCUCGAGGCUUGGACUUAGAUGUUGACCAUGUUAUCAUGUUCGACUUCCCACUGAAUUCUAUCGACUACCUUCACCGAACUGGAAGAACAGCUCGCAUGGGCGCUAAAGGCAAAGUAACAAGUCUAGUUUCAAAGAAAGAUCUUCUUCUGGCCAAUAGAAUCGAAGAAGCCAUCAAGAAAAACGAAAGCCUCGAAUCCCUGAAUGUAGUUAAUGUUAGAAGGGAUGCUACCACGACGCCGCAGACUGUUUCAAGGGGCCGAAACUCAAGAGUUUUGAAAGUCACAAGUCCGAAAAACAGACCCAGUGCAAAAUCAUCAAAAGUCAGCCAAAAACCAGCUAAAGCUUCAAUCUCAAAACCAUCAGCUACUGCAUCAGUUAAAAGAUCUCCUUUCGAAGACCGGUAAGAUCGUCAAGGUCUCAAAGCCAGUUAAGUUUUCUGCGAACAACACAUCAAGAACUGCAUCCCAAAAAACUAGCAAACGUCCGUCGUCGAGUAAAAGAUUUGAUACUCCGAAACCAACUUCAUCGAAGCUCAGUGUCGUCGGAUUCAGAGGGCCGGAGUUCUGCAGCUAAAAGAGGGUCACCAAGACAUAGCUGAUCAAACCAAUGUGUUUGCCAAAAUCCAAAUGCUUUCAAUUUUGGUUUUUAUUGUUUUUGUGUACUUUUUCUAUUUGAUUUGUGGACAGUGAGGAAUGACUGAGCUUUUGAUUUCAA